AUGGAGUCGUCAUCAAGGGCUACUAUGAUUGGAGAGAAAGAAAUUUGCAGUAUUUGUUCUUCUUGCGGAAAACUUGGACACCUGAAGAAAGAUUGUAAGAGCAUACGAGAUCAAGAUAGGCAGAUACAACAACCUAUUGAAGAAGAGGUUGUUAACAAUAUUCUCCCAGACGAGGUUCUUUGUCAUGUCUCACAACCUAUUGAUGAAGAUUGUAAGAACAGACGAGAUCCUCAGGAUUGUCUUAGCAUUCUCCCUGACGAGCUUCUUUGUCAUGUCUUGUCUUUCCUUACGACGAAGGAGGCUGCCUUGACAUCAGUAAUCUCCAAGAGGUGGCGCAAUCUGUUUGCAUUUGUCCAUAACCUUGACAUUGAUGAAUCUGUCUUUCUUCAUCCCGGUAAGCGUCAAUGUAACAUAACUCGACGGAGGUUCCAGAAUUUUGUUAAUAGAGUAUUGGCUCUGCAGGGUACAACUCCCAUUAAGAAAUUCUCCCUCAAAUGUACUGAUGUUUAUACAACAAAUUUAGUGGAUGGUUGGAUAAGUAAUGUGUUGGCCCGUGGUGUUUCCGAACUUGAUCUAAAAAUCAGUUUGCAUUUGUACUAUGAGUAUCUGCUAUCUUCAAAAAAUUUCCAGAGCAACAAUCUAGUUAAGCUGAAAUUAGACAGUCUUUAUAUUGAUGGGUUGCCUGGAGGCAUAUUCUUACCAAUGCCUAAGCUGGAGGAAUUAGUCCUGGUUGAUAUAAUCUCGAGAAAGGAGGAUAUCAACGUGUCUAAUGCAAGCCUCAAGAGCCUAACAAUCGAUAACAGUUUUCAUUCUGGCACUUAUUCAUUUGAUACACCUAGUCUUAUUUACUUCUCUUACACUGGUUUUGUUGUCAAUGACUACACCCUAGUUAAUAUGGAAAACUUAUCUGAAGCCCAAAUCAGACUUUUGGCUACUCGUUAUGAAGUUAAGAGAGCAAGAGCAGCGCCAAACAAUGAUCAUUUACCUAUUAUAGAGGGUUUUUUAUCCCGAUUUACAAAUUUGGGGAAGCUGAUGAAUGGCAUACGAAAUGUUCGGUAUCUGGACUUGUCUGGCGAGACUCUCGAGGUGCUUUCUCUAUGCUGUGAAUCAAUCAUGCCAGUUUUUACCAACCUCAAAUCGUUAACUAUUAAGAGUGACGCAAGUCGAGGAUGGCAAGCAUUGCCAGUUCUUAUAAGGAACUGUCCGCAUUUAGGAACUCUAGUCAUUGAGGGUCUCUUGCACCAAGUUACAUAUAAAUGCGGGGAUGCUUGUGACUGCGUUUCUCGAGAGGAUAAGGGUCGGUCACUCACAUCUUGUCCAGUAAAAUUGUUAGAGAUCAAAGCGUUUCAAGGAAGAAUCGAAGAGAUGCACAUGAUAAAGCAUUUCUUGGACUAUUUUCCAUGUUUGAAGGAGAUAAAGAUCUAUAUGGAAAGGAAUGGUUCUACACAGCUCAAAGACCCCGAAACGUCCGAAGUCAUCAUCAUAGAGAAGAUGAAACUCUACAACACGCUAUACAGUUGCAACGUCCAGCUUCUAGUCACUGGUAACUUGUAUAAGAAAUAA